GACCCUCAGGCAUUAUCACGGAUGACCUCCUUCGUACGCCAUGAUCCGCCAUGGAAGUCGGCUGGCAGCAAACACUUCUGACUGCUGCGUACGUUCCAUUGGCACAUCUCCCUCGACCAGCCAGGGUUCACUGUAGAGCUUGGCCAUGGCCCACACCAGUGCUGCUGCCCUCCCCAGUUGAGUGUCAUUCUUCCAGGCCUUCGACUGCGGCAGGACUGUGGGGAUGGCAGUGGAGGUGGGCAGCGCAUCGCCACAGGACAGCAGGCGGCUUUUGAACUGCUCCGUCACCCAGUUCUCUCGACCCGAACCCGCUUCAGACAGCUUCCUCUGGGCCUCCUGGAGGAUCUCUCUCUGCUGGGAGAGGGCAUUUUUGUACUGCAUGUACAGGUCAGGGCUCAGGGGGCCUGCGUGUGUGUGUCUGGGCCGUGCUGUAGCGUUGUCCCUGAUGGGCGGCUGGUCUCGCAGUGCCGUGCUGGAGCUGUACAGAGCGCUGCUGCGCGCAGGGCGCCACUUGCAGUACACUGACCGCAACUACUACCGCCGCGCCGUGGCCCGUGAGUUCCGCCGUUGCCAAGCGCUGUCCGCCCCACAGGAGAAGGAGGACGCGCUGAAGAGGGGCCAGUUCUUCCUCAACAGCCGUCUGGGGGGGCUGGUGUAA